AUACAUUGCUCUGGCUUUUCCUCGCCAUCUAACCAAGUUGCUCUUGUGGCAGAUCUUCCACUACCGACUUCUCCAAGGCGUCCUUAAGAUAUUCAGAACUUCCCUCGGCGCCUGAAUCAGCAGUCUUGCACCACCCCACCGACCCAGCUUUUGGUUGGUACACCCGACCACCGACUAUAGCAUCUCUGUCGAAAUUCUAUCCACCCUCUUUGCCCUUCAUUCCCGUUCCAAGUCAAGAUGGAUCAUUCAAGAGACCCGUGUCCAUGGGUGGCACUAUCGGAUUUUGGAGGUGCUUUCUCAAUGGGUGCACUUGGAGGAACGUUAUGGCACGGUAUCAAGGGCUACAGAAACUCCCCAUACGGCGAACGGCGGAUAGGCAUGAUCACUGCUAUCAAAGCACGCGCGCCAGUUACAGGAGGCAACUUUGGGGUCUGGGGCGGCAUGUUUAGUACUUUUGAUUGCGCCGUCAAGGGCAUUCGAAAGAAGGAGGAUCCAUACAACUCCAUUAUUGCAGGGUUCUUCACCGGAGGAGCCCUGGCUGCAAGAGGAGGCUACAAAGCAGCGAGAAACGGCGCCAUCAUGUGUGCCAUCUUCCUUGCUGUCAUUGAAGGUGUAGGCAUUGGUAUUCAACGAUUUAUGGCUGAUAGUACGCGGUUGGACCUUCCCCCUCCCAAUUCACCUGACGCUGGGCGAGUCGCGGCAUGACUGGAGAUCGCCACCAUUCCACAUUUCAUCUAGGAGGCUUUCCUUCUGGAACACCAGUCACAUCUUGAAGCAUUCGCCGCUCACUUCUCUACUCCAUUUGGUUGAUGAAAUAUUUGCAUGCAUAGCGGGCGUACAGACGGUUUGUUUCCGGACGUGGGUUCAGAGCAGCAACGAUCCCAGGUGUGGUGGUGACAUAUUGGGUGGUAGAAUUCCGGCAGUGAGGUCACGCUCCGUUCCGCCGUUGUGUUGACAGCACAGAACCCUUGGAGUGGACAUUGACGCUGUACAAGUGACAUCUCAAGAGAAUUGUCGUCUGUCCCACAUUCAGUGUUCAUGUAUAAUAAUGUAUCAAAGAAGAUAUUGCGGAACUGCAUCCGGUUGUCCAACGGCCUCACCAGCACAAUCCCUGUGAGGGAUUCUCUACACAAUGGAAGUCGCAUCUCAACUAGCUAUUUGAUUAUAGGAAAUAUGUGUGCGUGUGCUGUAUUGUUGGAUUCUUGUCUAUAACACAAAUUAAGGACUCGAUGGGGCAG